AUGACGUCUACUCCUGUACCCGCGGCCGAUCAAGAACAAUCUUCAGACACACCGAAACGGCAUAGGCAUGAUACCUCUAUUCCCGAUUAUGAAUCACCUUCGGCUUAUUUAGAUAGUACAUACGUGUCAACAUCACCCAACACCCCUCACGGAAACGAGGUGAAAUAUGAUCAUAUCGCAAUCACCGAAGGCUUGGUCGCUCAUCAUCAACCACCGCAACAUCCCGUAACACUUGAUGACCCUUACGCUUUUCAAUACACGGGGUUCCCGACUGAUCAACGACAUCUUCAACAUGAAGAGUAUGUACCUAUGCAAGAACAAAUCACACCUCCUGCACCUUCCAGAGAAGAAGACGAUAGAACUCCGGUCGUCACUGAGAUCCAAGCGCAACCAAUCAAUUUACCUUGUCCACCUAAUAUAUCGGGUGAUAGAACCAUUAGAGCAUCGAAUCACAAGAAACCACCUCUCAUGUCUCCUUUUAAGACUUUUCCAGAUCAUCAACAACCGCAGCAUCAACAGCAACAACAACAGCAAAUGCAACAACAUCAGCAGCAACCACAAUCACCUGCAUAUCCAUUACCCAUAGAGCAUCAACAAUAUCUAGACAAUACUGCAAUGUAUUACAGCCAGCAACCAGGUUUCAUAGCUUAUCCUCAACAAAUAUCUCCUUCAGCACCCAUGAGCUUCGCUCAGUUUCCACCGCCACCUCACUUUGUCAAUAUGCCACAGCAAUUGAAUGGAAUCUACCCGGCAGAAAUGUAUCAACCACAACCUCAAUACGCAUUUGCCGGUCCUCCUAGAAGUCGGAAUGGAUCACCUACUUCCAGCAUAUCUUCUUCCGCUGUUUCCCUAGCCCGCACCGCCUCGACUUCUUCCGAUUUCCGUGCUACUCGACCCAAAGUAAAGCUCACGUAUGAGGACAAAAGGAAUAUUGUUAAUCUUCAUCGAUCGAACAGUUCUCUGAGGCAAGAAGAUAUCGCUAGAAUGUACGGCGUUGAUCGAAGCACUAUUAGUAAGAUCAUCCUGUCGUCUCAUAGAUGGACCCAACCUCAAGAACCUCCAGCUCCUCCAGCGCCUAAAGUCCCGAAAACUGUCGGAGGCAGAUUCCCCGCUGUAGAAGCUAAACUGGAUGAAUGGUUUGAUACGCAAAUCGCUGCUGGUCAGGAUGUGCGCGACAAUAUAGCUAGGGAGAAAGCAAAAUCUUUCGCUAAAGAAAUUGGAUUCCCUAUGGAUAGAUUCAAGGCUUCCGCAAAGUGGCUCGAUAAGUUCAAGGACAGAAGGCGCGCAGCUGGCAAACCUGUUCCCCUACAACUGGAUUACGGUCACUUUGCAUACUCUGCACAACCUUAUCCCAUGAUGACCUCACCGAUGGAAGGUGGUGUUCACCUCUCUCGAUCUCAGUCGACCAUCACCCUUUCGUCAUCCGAUUCAAGCGGUCAAGAACAGUAUCAACCUCCUGUAUACCUUCAGACAGAUAGCGCACAUUCACGUAUGGGUUCCACACGCUCCGAAUCUGAUCUUCUCAACAGCUACGAUGUCACUCCCAACUCCAGGUCACGAUCUCAGUCUUCCCCGCAAGUCUUAGGCGAACCUGGCAUGCAAUCCCCUUCCUCGGGGAAAGUGUUAAAGCACAGACCUACACCAAUAGCCUUGCAACGACAAAACUCUUUCCACGGCUCAAGUCCAUCACCACGUCGACCACAAGGUUUGAGCCGAACCAAUUCCAUCCAAGGCAGUGCGAGAAGACAAAACAGACCAUUGAGUUUGGCUGCAUCUGCGUUUGGAUUUACAAAUGUGGAUCCUACCUCAUCAUCACAAUCACCUUUGCAAUCCCCAACACCCAGUCAUCAUUCACGUCAAAGAUCAGACGUAUCAAUCGCAAAUGGAUUUACAGGCAUGACUUUGUCACCACAGGUCUCCGAUAACGGUGAAGGUAUGAUGCCCAUGUCAAUGUCAUUAGGUACAAUACCACCUUUGACACCGAUAACUCCCGCUCAAGGAAAUGGUGUGGGUCAUAAUGGAGUUUUCGCAAACACAGAAUAUGGUGAAUUCCAAAACGAACUUCCAAUAUCAUUACCUAUUCAACAUCAACAGAUUCAACAACAAAUGCAUUAUGCUACGAUGCCAAAUAAGCAUUACAUGUCACAUCAUCAACAUCAACAACAAUUUCCACAAGCAUAUAUCCAGCAACCUGGAUUAAUGUAUCCUCCAAACGAUUUUGGUCCUCCUCAAGGUUACAUGAUCCCUCAAAGUCAACCACAGCAAUGGCAAUAG